UGUUUUUCUGUCCUCCAGGUGCUCAACCUGGUCCAGUCCUACGUUACUUUGCGUGUUCCUCUCUUUGUGUCCUACGUCUUCCACUCGCCCGUCGCUGUCGGAGGCUGGCAGCACUUUGACCUGCAGUCGGAGCUUAAGCUCACCUUUGUGUACGACACGGCCAUUCUGUGGCAGGACGGCGUCGGCAGCCCGCCUGAGGCGGAGCUACAAGGAGCCAUGUACCCCACCAGCAUGCGCAUUAAUGAGGAGGGGCGCCUGGUGGUCAACUUCAAGACGGAGGCUCGCUUCAGGGGACAGUUUGUUAUGUCUCAUCCAGGAACCAGUGUGUCCUCCAUGGUGAUCUGCGCUGACAUCCCCGGCCUGACCUUCACCCUCGCGUUGGUCAGAACUGAGCCUACAUACAACCAGCCCAUGCAGCAGUGGAGCUUUGUCUCAGAUUUUGCAGUACGGGACUACUCCGGAACCUACGCCGUGAAGCUGGUUCCCUGCAUGGCGUCACCCAAUGGGGAGUUCAGCAUCCCUCCCGUCUGCCACCCCAGAGAGCCGCUCACUUUCGACAUGGACAUUCGCUUCCAGCAGGUGAGCGAUCCGGUGGCGGCUGAAUUCAGUCUGAACACUCAGAUGUUCCUGCUGUCGAAGAGAGAGCUCUGGUUGUCUGAUGGCUCCAUGGGCUUCGGGGAAGGAACUGAUGCAGCGUUUUCUGAAGGCUCCACCAUUUACGGCCGUGUUAUGGUAGACCCCGUGCAGAACCUGGGCGACUCCUUCUCCUGCAGCAUCGAGAAGGUUUUCCUCUGCACCGGAGCGGACGGAUACGUCCCCAAGUACAACCCUACAAACAGGGAGUAUGGCUGCCUGGCAGAUGCUCCUUCUCUGCUCUAUAGAUUCAAGAUUUUGGACAAAGCCCAGCCAGAGACCCAAGCUUCAGCCUUUGGGGAUGUUGCCUUCAAGGCCAAACUGGCCCAAGAUGCUCCUGGAGCACAAACAUUGGUCAGGCAGCCAGGUUCAGACGGCUUCAUGCUGUCUUCUACGCCGCUUUUUCAGGUGGCUGCAGGUCGAGAAUGGUUCAUCCACACCAUCUACACCCUGCGCUCCACAGACAACGCUAACCGACACAUCGGUAAGCGCAGCGUUGAAGACCUCCAGCACAGCAUCUCCUCGGUCGGGCAGCCUCUCUCCGCCCGCCAUCGCCGAGCCGCCGCCGCCGAGCUCUCCGCUCCGGCACUGGCUCAGGACAUCGGUGCCAGAAACAACCGAGGCACCAACAUCCAGCACAUUGCUUUGGAUCGAUCGGACCAUAUGAGGGUCACCCAGCAGCAGCCCUGGGCGCCCCGCAGCGACCCUUAUUUGGAGCGCCCCCUGCUGGAGAGUUCGGGCAGAGAGCCGGCUGAUGCUUCCUUGCUACCCAUGUUGGUGGGAAUCGCAGGUCUGGUUCUGCUCAUCUGCCUCGUAGCCAUCGUGGUCGUUUUGCUGCUGAGGCGCAAGCGGGGGGAGAAGGCGGCUCAGUUCCCUCCGUACGCCGCUUCCUCCUCCGCCGCAUACUCAGGCUACAGCCAUGCAGGCGCGUGGAGCGGUGCAGACAGCUCGGAGGUCUAAAUGAGGCUCGGAUUCUCUUCAUCUUACAAAGACUGCAGCAGUCUUCCUCAGCGCUGGGCCUUUGAUUGGAGCACUGAAUGCAGCCCAGAGCAGCUGGCGGAUGACAGGCUGCCGGUGCCCGGGGCCCACAUGCAGACAAGCUUCCAGCUUUAGCAGUAGUGUCCUGCAGGCCUUGAUGAAGACUCCUGAGAAUUAGAAAAACAUGGAGGCUCGAACCUAAAACACUGAACUCUCUCACCGAACGCCCCGUUGUAAAAUAUGACAUUUAUCUGGUGUUUGCAGAUGCAUGCAGUACAGGAAACAAAUUCAUUUCCAAAUGAAACCUUAACUUUUAUCACAAUAGUUUUGCCAUUAAUAACCUUUGAUUUUUUUUUUUUUUUAUUGAUUAUUGAGUAAACCAGACUAAAUAAUAAACGGAUAAAUGUGACAGUAUGUAAUGUAACAUCACAUGUUAAACAUUUUUCAGAUUUAUCUGUGGAAAUAUUUCACUGAUCUGUUCAUAAAAAGGAAAAUAUUUUGCGUCAUGGUAACAAGUUCAAAGCUUCAGGGGGUUUUCAUUCUAGUUUUAGUUUUUCUUUUGAUUAACUAACAGUAAAAUAAAAUUUUGCUAAUUAUAAAAUGUGAGAGUAAACAAAAAAAAAACUUUUUAAGAAAACAUCUAGCAUCGCUGAGCAUUUAAAGACACAAGUGGUUUAUUAAUGAAGCCGUAGU